CCAAGCCAAUUCCCAGUCUAUGGGAAAUAUGAACAAUGCAGCGAAUCGGUCGCCUUCUACAGCCAACAACAACAACAAUGCAUCCAAUGUUUAGGCCAAGAAGGCGAAACGGAAACCGAAACAUAUGUCGAUCCUAUCAGUGGUAUGGUUACGACUGUUCAACGUAAAAAGUCUUCAAAACCUCAGCAGCAGCAGCAGCAACAACAACAACAAAAGGAAAAGCAACCGCUACAACAGAAGCCGCAACAUAUACCAAAACGGUCAGAAAGUCCCAGCCAAGGAAGUGGACCCAAUUCACCAGCCAAUUCGACGUCAGAUCUAUCUGCAAGACUUGCAGCUGUCAUGGCAGAUAGAAAUAGUACCAAAUCAAUGUCUCGUACUUCGUCGUUGUCCUCGGUAUCAGGGCGACAGGAGCGCACGAGCACAGAUGGAGCGGUUGGAUCACCGAAAGUGGGAGAAGCAAAGGCAGAAAAGAAAGAAGAGAUUCAAGAGACAACACAGGCAGGAGAAGAGCCAGAGAAAGUCGAGGAAAGCGAAACAACGAGUUUAAUUGAAGACAAGGAGGGAGCUAUGAAAGUGAACAGUGAAAGCGAAUCCGAAGCUACUAAAUCUGACGGUGACAACGUCGACGAUACCAAAUCCACAGAGGAAACAUCGCCUAUAGAAACUACGAGUAUAGUCCCAGUUGCUAGUCCUGAUCCCACACAACAACCUGAAUCCAACGAGAACGAAGAUAAAAACAAAGACGAUACCAUCAAAAAAGAUGGCGAAUUCGGUGAUACUGUCGAUUUAUCUACAACACCACUGGCACCACCAACCGAUACUGAAGAGAUAUCAGCAACAACUGAUGACCCCGAAAAAACAGUCGAAGGAUUGAGUAGCAGCACCGAGAAAAGUAAAAGCCAGGAUACGAUAUUGCAACAACGCGAAGAACAACUUUUCCAGGCAAUGCAAAACAUUGCCAAGUUACACGAUCAAAUCCAUACACUACAGGAGGAGGCUGAGAAGCAGUCGGCAGAGCGAAAGAGCACACAGACACACUUAGAAGAGUUAGAGAAGCAGUUGAAAGCAACCAAUCGAAGCUCAGUGGGUGCGGAUCAAAAGAAUGUGAAAAAACUGGAAAGUACAAUCGAGGAUUUACGGCAACAGUUAGCUACAAAGUCAGAGCAGGCUCAAGCUCUGAUGGAAGAAGGCGAGAAACUAUCCAAAACUGAGCUGAAACAUAUGACUGCGAUCAAGAAAUUGAGGGCUGAGAAGCAGGAACAAGAGAAAAAUGCCGCAGAAUUACAAAAAAAGAUUGACAGGACUGCGUCUGAUCUGAUCGAAGCGAACGGCAAAAUCAUGAAAGCCAAUGAGUUAGAAAAGCGGUUACAAGAAAAAGUCAAAGUACUAUUGGAUAUGACGGAACGACAGACAAAACACAUUAAUAAGUUGGAAAUCGAAUUGAGGUCUUUAAGAGAGCAGAAAAACCAGGCUGAGAUGGCCCUUAAAGAUGCAAUGGAAAACUUGGAAGCCGAACGAGACAAGAUCCACGCAAAAUCUAAGGAAGCACACGCUGCUAUGUUGGAGAAAGAAGUCAAAGCUGGUGAAAAAUUGCGGGAGGAGCUCACGAGCGUUCGAGAAGGCGCAGAAGCAAAGGAAACCCGGUUACAUGAAGAAAUUCGCGAACUGCAAGCUGCUUUGCAAUCAUCGCAAAAUACCUCUGGUGAAAGAGAAGAUACGCUUCGCAACGAAGUUUCGGAAUUGCAACAACGAAUACGAGAACUCGAAUCAUCAACCGAGGACAUCGAUAGUACAGUUGCAGAAGCAACAGCAUCUUUACUGGAACAGAUUGAAAGCCUUCAAAAGCAACACUCGGUUGCUAUCAAGAAUCGAGAUCAAAAUGAGCAAGGGUAAUUUUAUCGCAUAAUAAACAAGAGCUAAAUGAUCCAGAAG